UACGCAGACUCUCACGGACUGACUGUUAGCUGCGCACACCGCCAUCCAUCACCGUCACCUGAGCCUCGUCAUGUCACAAAUGUGGAGACACAAACCUCCAGCGCUCCUCUCGCUCGUCGGUGUGAUGCUGCUGUGGCCGUACGUACUGACCAAGAAUGUCUCAUCCAGUCUGCACACGGCGGACAGCGCUUCUUUAUCUGCAGAUCAGAGAGAACAGCGCCAUCAUGUGGCGAAGCGGUCGACACAGACCUGUGACAGCACGUAUGACAACUACUGCCUGAACAGAGGACAGUGCAUGCUGCUGGUGGACAUCAACACGCAUCACUGCACGUGUGAGGCUGGCUUUAAUGGACCCAGGUGUGAGAACCUCGAGCUCGUCUUUCAGCCAAUGAGAGAAGAGCAGAUAAUUGUCACUGUAUUCUGUCUGAUUCUGUUGCUCGUUGGUCUGGCUGGAGCUCUGUAUUUCUGUUGCAAAUGGUAUAAGAAAAACAGAUUCCCUGCAUCACUACAAGCGGCGGGAUCACAAAGGAAACCAGGCUGUUUACAGUGUCUCCCACACACGCCCACUACAUCCGCAGGAAAGGCAAACCAGGAUUUUCCCGUUUCCCAACUGAAAGAUUUCAACACACCAUGAUGUCACCUGAUAUGCCGCUUUAGCCUACUCACACUACUGUCCCGCAAACGGCUUUGGGUCAGGAAAUCAAGCAGGCAGGUCAGCGCUACAGACAUUAAAGCUCUCAGGAGACAGCUCUGUCUUUCGGUGCGAUUAUUGUUUCCAGCUUCUCCAACUUACAAACAACACAGGAAAACAGGCCAGUUUAGAUGUAGGAAGUGGAAGUCCUGGGUCGAUAACACAAGUGGUAAAACUUCUCAUAGGCCUUUUCAGUUUCCAGUUUCUGAAUGGAACUGUCGCAGUAUGAGCACACUUGCGUCAGUUUGAUUUACUCCAGACUCUGAUUCUUGUCAGUCAAUGUGACAUCAUACUACAUUUCCGAGCUUCACUGAGGCGGCAGAUCUUGAAAUGUCCGUUUUAUUUGCCUUAAAGACAAACAUAAAUCAAUGUAGCUGCCAUUUCCCAUUCUUCUGAGACACAGCUGUAUGUUACGUGUUGCUUUUUAAAUUUGGCAUUUCUGCUUGGUUUAGCUUUUAUUUAUUGUACUUUGUGUUUUGUUUACCUUUUACAUCAUGAGAAAUGCUUACACAACUGCUUUUGUUAUCAUCGCUGCUAUAGAGUAAAACUGGCCACUGAAGGCACCAGUCAAUGUUUUUGAGAAAGUACUCUUUUGAUCAUUUCUAAGUGUUGUCUACACCGGAAUAUUACUGUAUCUAUGACUGAAUAGAGCAUGCAUUGUUUAGGUUUUGUGUCUCCAUGCCUUCAGUCAUACUUCAUUUUUUGUGACAGUCUGAAGGUUCCUGCGCGGCGUCUUCACAUUCUUCUCAAGUUUUGAAGCGGUUUCCACAUUUUUCCUCCGUGUGAUCAACAGUUAACAAAUAUGCACAGACGGGAGUCCAAAUAUUUCACAAAGACUGUCAUGUCUUGCAGGACAUUCUAGUAUUUUGCAGUGUCACCUGUGCAUUCAUGUAUGUAGUGAAAAGUGUUUAAUGGAACAUGAAUAAAAC